AUGGAAUGGGUCUAUUAUCUUUUUUAUAACUCUGGGAGUGGUGGAAAUAGGGGUCAACAAUUUCUGCAACUUGAUGUAAGUUCAAAAAUAUGAUAGUAAAAAGAACUUAGUUUCAAUAUCAGGGAUAGAGUUUGCAGAGUGAGGUUUUACAAUAUCUGCAACAGCGAAUCAAGAGAGACAGGGUUGUAGUUGAUAAUGAAAUAGAAAACAGACGACAUCUACGUCGUUAUGGCUGGAGGAGAUGGCUCCAUCAUGUGGAUAGUGGAAUUACUAUUGCAACAUCAGGUGAACAUCCAUCGAUGCAUCAUAAUUCCAUUCCCUUUUGGAACUGGGAACGACUUUGCGAAUACUUUGGGAUGGGGAACCUCAGUGCCCAAUGAUGUAAUCGGUUUUGGCAAUGAAGUGUUGAGAGGGUUUGUGGAAUAGUGGGUUGAAGGAGUUGAGUCCUUUUUCGAUGUCUGGGAUGUGGAUAUUAGACUGAAAGAAGUAAGUAGUUUAUACAUGAAAAGGAUGGAUUCAUUAGUGAGAUCAAGAGGAAUGAAAAUGGGGCAAAUGAGAUGAAGUUGCAAUUGAAGGAUCAGAGAUAUUACAAAUAGAUGAUCAAUUAUUUUAGCAUCGGAGUAGAUGCACGCAUCGGAUUCGGAUUUGAUAAAUAUAGGACAUCCAAUCAAUGUUGUAACAAAUGCGUCUACUGUUGGGAAGGAUUCAAGAAGAUGUUCCUCAAAACUCCUAAAGUUAACCAAUCUAUAGAGAACAUCCAUCAUGUGAAUGAUGAUAAUCUAGAAACUGGAUUGAUUUCGAAGCAGAACAAUUAAAUUGUAGUACCAGGAAAUCCAGUCAAUUUGUUGUGUUUGAACAUCAACUCCUAUGCUGGAGGAUUGAAAAACAUAUGGCUCAAUGCUUAAUAAAAUUAAGUCAAAUCCUAUUCCAACAUUCCUUCCGUUUCCGAUGGAUUGUUGGAAAUACUCUCCUUCAACUCUAUUUUAGGAUUAGGAUCAGAAAGAUUGAUCCCUGGAUAGGCUACCAGAUUAAGUCAAAGUGGAGGACCACUCAAAUUGAAUUUCAAAUAGAAUGAAUAACUUAGAACAUAUUUCCAAAUUGAUGGCUAAUACUUUUCCAUUACCAACCCCUACUUAGUUCUUAUUAGGUCGUGCUAAUCGUUGCCUCAAGGGAAAAUACGUGUCUUAAUCAAUUAGAAGGGAAUACUUAAAUGA